AGGCGCCUGUGUUGAAGCUACUUCUAAUGUCGACGAUGGGAAAUAUAACUUUUAGAUGAGUGUAUUUUGCAAUGCCUCGGAUUAGUUUUUGUGCUUUAAAUCAUUUUGAGAAGAAAUGUUUGACAUCAUCCAGCUUUCUAUUUCCCUGAGCAGAUGAUUCGAAACUAGGCUUUUGAAACCUACAUUCGCUCCAGAAGGACUCAAACCUGGAUUCAGAUGCUUGUCUCCAUGUUUUCCAUUUAAUUUGAGGAUUCAGUGUGGGUAGAACUACUUUAAAAACCACCUUGAUUCAGGUCUUUAGUCCAGGAUGAACCAGGACCAGGUGAUUCUUCGGUCUUUCUCUCAGACUCCGAGCAUCGGGAAGAACACGAGGGUCACUUUAAUGCCUCAACAAGAGCAGCAGCAGGAUUUUGAACAUGGUAUCAAGCCUGGGAACCACGAAUCCCUAAAGGCCUUCAUUGAGUUUCGCAUCAAGCAGCUCCACAACAGACGCUUCAUGCUGCUGGAGAUGCAGCGCUUCAGGAAGAAGGACGACGGCGUCUCCACCACAGGGGAACUGCCAUGUGAGGACAGCGACCAGCAGCUGUGUGAGCUGGAGAACAUCCGGAGGGAGCUGGAGGAGCUGCUGGCCAAGAAGAAGGAGCUGGAGAAACAGAGGAAUGCCUCCAAGCCCUCAGCCAACAGAGGUCAUCUGGACCCAUGUGCCCCUUCUUAUAAAACUGAGGGUCCCCGUGGGGGGAUCUACAUGCUGCCCCCCCCCCCAGCUGGAGCAGGAGGAAGUGGCACCGGAGCCUGUUACAGAAACACCAUCAGGCCCAGUGGUUCCAGGUCAUCUGGAGCUGGAGCAGGAGGAAGUGGCACCGGAGCCUGUUACAGAAACACCAUCAGGCCCAGUGGUUCCAGUGGAGUGUCUUUGCCAAACCCCGGAGUGGACGAGGUGUCCAUGCUGUGGGGAGGUCGUCCUCACAGAGACCCGCAGCAGGGUGGGCGAAGCUACCUGGAUAAUUUGCUGCACGUGCGCCAUUUUAGGGGGUCUUUUAGGCUGCUGUCUCAUCCCUUUCUUCAACGACCGGUUCAAGAACGUGCAACACCGGUGUCCCCGCUGCCAGGAAAAGAUACACACCUACGAGCCAAUGUGACACGAAGGAUACUUAAUAACAGCACUGGUGUGAUCCGUACAGUGAAAUCACGAAGUUCUGUGCUUGAGUGAGGACUUCCAAUAGUUGUUGGAGCUGUCUGGGACUCUGGGACACCACUAUUUAGCAUAUUCAGGCUUUACUUCCUGGAUUGGACUACAGUGCUGGCAGAAAACUGCACAGAGGCUCAGAUAACUUAAGGAAAACGCCCUGGUUUGUUUCACACACCUGCCUACCAGGAUCUCUGCAGAGCAAGGACUUCAAUCUCUAAGCUUGCCAAUGCAAAGGACUGCUCACUUGUGAUGUGUGGACGAGUUGAGGGAUGUUUUUAAGGGGAAUUAGAUCAAGUACUUAUUCAUAAUCAAUGUGUUCGCUACAGUAGAUGAUGCACUUUAAUACUUCUCUAAGCUCGCAACAACUGCCAUUCAAAGCACUGCACGCAACAUGUGUUUUGUAAAGCAGGAAAUUGCUCUUCUUCUGUGGUGGGAAUCCUGUUUUCUUCCUCCAGACUGAUGGAGGUGAAAAGCUGCAUAUAUAUGAUCACAUUGCAAAACCCCUUAACCCUCUGAGACCGACAUAGGACAUUUCCGUGUUUGUAUAUUUUGCCUUAUAAAUUGUAAUUUCUUUACAGUAUAAUCAAGUUGUACACAUCCCAGAAAUCAGCAUAACCUCAGCUAAUGAUAUAUGUCACUCAUUAGAGACUUAUAUAUACUAUAAUAGGGGAUAUUUGCCC